GAAAACUUGGUUACAAACUUUUUUGACUGAUUUGGACCUCCGACAGCUACAUCUAUAUCACCUCUGAUACUUCGCUAUGACUUACCACAGGCUGACAUCACUGUAACUUGGUGUAAAAAUUGUAAAAGUGGGAAAGCUGUAAAUUAACUUGCUAAAAAGAAAACCACAAAAGUGUGUCAAGAUGGGGUCGAUUGUGGGAAAAGCCAUGGAUGAAAACAUGAAGAAAAACCAGCAAUUCAUGAUGAAAAACCAAGAAAUUAUGCUGGUCAGACAAAUCCACAUGCAGAACCAGAUGAGGCAGAGAAUGGCGGCAAUGCAGAUGGCAAGAGCCAGGGAUAUGUUUCAGUGGUUUGGGGCCUUUUACGCAGUGUUUGCUCCAAUAGCUAUAGCAGGGGCAAAGAGGAACAAAGGCCUACUUGCACCUCUGCUUCCCUUAACAUUUAUAUUGGGAUAUCAGUAUGAUCUGGCCUAUGGAUCCAAAAUGCAAAGAAUGAGAGCUGAGGCGGACCGCAUCAUGGAUGACGAGAAGUGGCUGCUGGACCUUCCUCAUGGCCUCCCAAACCUAGGCGCUAUCGAAGCAGCAAGAAUCAAACAGCAGGAAGAGGACAGAUUGAACAGACCGAAUGAUAUAUUUCUUUGAUGAAUAAAUGCUGCUCUUGUUGGAGUGUGGAAAGGAUCUUAAUGAAGUUAGAUGGUAGGCCUCCAGAAUUUAUACUUGUGGUUAUAAUAACUAUCCAGUCAAUCCCAUUUCUGUUUACUUUUUAUAGAUCUCAGCAGACAUUUUUUUAUGCAUAAAGGUGUGCUACAUAUUUUGUUUUCAUCAAAUUAAGAAAUUUUUUAUACUUUUACAAUAUUUGCUGUAGGCUCCCAUAUUAGAUGUACAUUCACUGUGUAGAAGAGCGCUUCCUGAUGUUUACCCCUGAAAUUUACUAGUAGCUGCAUGUAAAUUUUGCGCACUGCCAGUAUAUGUACAUUUCUUUAUGAAGUUUGGGAAUUGUGAUGCUAUUAUUGAAUCAAUUAUUGCAUAAUGACAUCUCCAGAUUGUUAUUAUUAAGGGGCCUGUACAACAUUGCGCGCACAAUGCACCCUCACUGUCAUGUACUGAUGAUAAGCACAGUAAGUCUUCAACCUUUCCAAUGUUGGUAAGGUGUUUAUUCAAGCAAAUUCUGGGCGCAUUAUUCUGUGAAGACUGAUAAAAUUACUGUAUACUUUUAGUGAAGCCCUGAAAUUGGCCUAUCCAACCAAUGCAGUUUUGUCUCUAAAAUCAACUUAAAACGUGCAUAAAUUGCACUCAGAGUUGCUCUUUCAUAUGCGAAAAGGUUGAGGAAUCAGAAUAGACCUUGUAUGGUACCUCUUUAUGAAAUUUGGACAUUGAACAAAAUUUUGUUCAUGUAAGUAGUAACAAUAUCAUUUUGUCCCAUAAGUCAAAUUUAAAAGGUGCAUUUCUGACACUCUUGCCCUUUCUUAAUUGGAAAGGUUGAGAAAUUAGAGUAGAUGAUUUUCCUGGAACUCCAGUGCUGAAAAUAACCUGAAUUUGGGCAUACAUAAGUUUGUUACAUUGAAUAUCAGUUAGACAUGUCUUCAAAGCGUAGUAAUUACAUAUUAAGAUCUGUAAAUUUAUUAGGUAUGUGAUUUCAAGGAUAAUAUACAGUAUUAGGUGUCAGUGCUAAUCAUGUAAUUUCGGAGAUUUUGACGCAACAGGGGGACAGCCAGGAGUCUUAGGCAUUGUUGUUUUGUGAAGGUUUGACCUUGUUUAACCCGAGAAUUUAACAUAAAUUUUUGUGUUUUUUCUUUUUUUUUCAGUUUUCAUUAGUAUCAGUUAUAAAUGUGGUCAGAUAAGUUUAUUGCUUUUGUUUUUAGUUAGAGUCUGAAACUGAAUCUGGAGUGGCCCAAUUAAACCAGCCCUAGCAUGCAUUUUGAGGCACAGGAGAGAAUUAUACCCACAAGUAUCAUAGUUUGUGUGUAUUUUAGCAAGAUUUCAUUAUGUUUGCACUUUAUAAAGUUUGUUGAAGGACAUGAUUGAACAGAUCAAAGCAAUAAUUGCCAUUACUAUUUACAGUGACUAGCCAUGUAAAACUGCCCUGAAAACCUUGCACACAUUUACCAAGUCACACCCAAGCAGAACUUACCAGUCUUGUUUCUGUUUUACUCUGGGAUGACAGUUUUUGUACAGUUUAAUCAGUUAGUCUUUGUACCUUGUAUCAUGUAACUGUACAGUUUGUUGGUAAGUUUAAAGUGUUUAGGAGGUUGGCAUGCUGUGGCUUAUAGGUAAUGAUGGAUAUUAAGGUUUUUUUCACUUGUUGAAUAUCAGUAUAUCAGGUUAAUAUCAAGUUGUUAAUGAUUAUAACUGUAUAAAAGACAAAUUGUACCUUAUUUCCAAUAGGAGUCAGUCUUCAAAUCAGAUUAUAAUUACCCAUACAUAUGUGAAAAAUGUGACUUUCUUGAAUAUCUGUGCAUUAUCAAAUUGGAUGGUAUAGAUUAUAUAAUAUUUGGAUAUAAGUACUUUUUCAAAUUGGAUGGAAUACAUUAUACAUUUGGAUAUCUCUGUAUCAUCAAUUGGACGGAAUAGAUUAUACAUGUUUGGAUAUCUGUGCAUCAUCAAAUUGGAUGGAAUAGAUUAUACAUUUGGAUAUCUGUGUAUCAUCGAUUGGAUGGAAUAGAUUAUACAUGUUUGGAUAUAGGUGUAUCAUCAAAUAAUGGUCACUCAUGUUUUAAUGUGUCCAUGUGUAAAUUUCCUGAUGUAUUUGUUUUUCUUCAGAUGUGUACAUUUGGUGUAAAAUUGUUAUUUACCCUGCUACUGAAAGAGUGUACUGGCUACAUUCAAUUAUUUGCUUAGAUUGUUCCAGCCUCUGCUGAACUUCAUAUGUACAACCAGAUUAAUAAUUGGGUUAAAAUUUGUCUUAUUUUCAGGAUAGAGAGAAGGGGACACUUGUUAAGCUAUACUGAUAUCAAGGGUUAAAUAUAGCUCACAUUUACUUAAGUAAUGACAUCCGUGAUGCAGGCUUGUAGCUGUAACAUACUUCUUCUCAUUGCACAGUGCCUUCAGUAUGAAGUCUGUCGGCCUGGCCUGAGGAUCACGAGACCAUCUUUGACUACAAGUGAAAAUGUCACAUGACUUUAAAUUGUUAUUUCACAUGUAACAAGGUCAAAACAUUGCUUGACAAUGUACGUUCUGGCGAAGUUAUAAGUUCCAUGCGAAGACACCUGGAUGAGACUAUUAAUGCCUUAACAAGCUUCCGUGUGUGUCUCUCAGGCUCCAAAGGUCAAGCUUGUCUAGUGGUGGAAGUGUUAUAGAGUGAGUGUAGAGAGGGGCACGUGCGCUGUAAGGGGUAAACUGGCUGUCAGCUGUUCCUUAGUACCAUGAUAUAUACUGAGUAGGACUUUCCUUCCAACACUGGCUCAAACAUCACUUGGAUUUUGGCAUGGUAAAUGCACGUGUAUGUAGGCCAUAAAGGGUUCAGGGUCAGAAUUCAUCCAGGAGCAACAUGUAGCGCCAAAGAAUGUUUGUCAGGCCAAAUGAUGGUCAAAAUACACAUUAGCAAUACUUGUUACCUUUGUAUUGACUAAUCCUUUGAUACUGUCCCAUAUAUGUUAAGUGCUCUCUUUUAUAUUAUAAAGCGAGGUGUCAUAGCCAGUUUCAAAUAGAUUACUCCAACGUCAAACAACUAAUGUCUAUCUUGCUGACGGUCGUGGGUUCCCCCAGAGCCCGGUUUCCCCCCCACCAUAAUUCUGGCCAUCAUCUUGUAAGUGAAACAUUCUUGAAUACGAUGUGUAACACCGGUCAAAUAAACAAAUUAAUGUCUAUCUUGUAUAAACAGAAAGUAAUAAACUAGUUACAUGUAGCUAAUGUUUGACAUGGACACACUACCCGCUCAUAUGCACACACUACCCAUUGUCUCUUCUCCCUUACCAUAUGGUUUAUGUAGGUCUGUCAGCCACAUUCUUGCCCAGGGGUACGUCGCACAUCAAAGGUGGCAUAAAGUUUGUGUAAGGCCAAAUCACGCUUUAGAACCAUAUUUGCUGAUAGAUUCUCGGUCGUGUUAAAUCUAUAAUCAUGAACAGCAUGAUGAAAAGUGGGAUUUCACAUUACAUCAGUGGCAUCCCUCAAAAAUUCAAAGAAUUGGAAAUUUAGCAAUUACAUCGUCUGGGGAUUUCAACAUCACAGUGUUCAUUUCUGUGAUGUAUGGUGUCACUGUUCAAAUAGUGGAUGGUGAGUAGGAUGUUCUUGAUGGGUACAACCCGCCACCUGACCAGGUGAGAUGUCAUAGGUAAUCUGUGUUAUGUAAUCCCACAGACUUGUUCCAAUAGGUCCUCCGGUCAUAAAGGCUGCGCUGAGUUUCUGGUUGUCACACCAUAAAUCUAUUACUCAGUGUAAAAUUAUUUUGGUAGCUAAAACUGCGCAUGAACAAAACAUCUAGCCCCGGGAUCACAAAACACCGGAUCUUAGGCUUAGUCAAAAUUUCAAAUCAUUUUAAAACUGUUAUUUCUGAUGUAACCAGGUCAAAAUACUGCGCAACAACAUAAAUUUUGGGUAAGUUAUUGUACAACAAAUGUUAGCUAAAAUAACGGAAAGGAACAUACCAAAUUUAACAUUUAAAACUACAUAAGUCCAAGAUGGCUUUGGGAUCCUGGGGCUUGUUCACCUUUGAGCGGCAAAAUCCGCACCUAUUACAGCUGUAACAAGCAUGAAAGAUGUGGUUAAGAAUUAGACAGGAACUUUUUCUGUACAUCAUCACAUUUUGAAAUAAAUAAAUCCGCUCUUAAAUUUUUCAGUGCCUUAGCAAGGAAUACAAAAAACUCUUCACAAAAGUACGUCUCUUAAUUAUUGUUAUGAUAUAGGGGGUAAUUAGAUCAGGUGUUUUCAUAUCAAGAUUUAGAUGUCCAAAAACUGUCCAGAGAUUUAAUUCGUCAAUUACAUGUGUUGUAAUGAAGAAUAAAGCUUGUUUUUUC